ACGCAACUUGAACAUGCUGAGUGAACCGUCAUGAAUGUCCCUGCAUUAUUAAUAUUAAGUAUUUAUAUUAGUACUAAUAAUUAGCAGACCCUAUGAAUUUGUUUUUGAUCACGACAGUGUACUUCAGGGGAAGCAGCAAUGUCUGCGCCAAGGACAGGGGGCCAAGGAUUGGUCGGUGAUCUUCGGAACAAGAGCAAAGAGGAGCUCUGUGAGCUACUCCUACGCCAGGAGAAAUUACUGAAUAACAAGAGGUUCAUCCACACCCUGCCUGAUAAGGGGAAAAAGAUCUCGGAGUUUGCUGAGCGCGUCCGUCAGGCCCUCGUCCACGUCGAGGAGACGGAGAGGAAGCAGAAUGACCUGUCCUCGUUGCGGACCGAGUUCCAGGCCCAGUACCAGGAGGCUCUGACCCGCCGGCAGCCUCAGCCCAGAACCUCAGCACCAAGCCUGGGCAGGACUGAGGGGGCCACUGGGGCAGAUGGACCACCGGAACCCAAACAAGCAGGACCCACACCUCAGGGUAUAGCCGAGAGCCAUGACAACAGAGACAGGGUUUCCUGGCAACAGAGCCCUAUGACCCCUCAAGCCAUGGAGACCGUCCCAGAUGGGGAAAGCAGGUCCCCCCGAGAUAAGGGGUCAAAAGAGAGUGACCUGGUGGAGGCGCUAGCCCGGAUCGCGCUGUCGGAGCCGUCUGGGACAGAAGCUUCCAGAAGGUCCAGUGGCGGCGGAGGCCACAGAAACCCGUUCCUGGGCAGGCCGGACCAGAAGAAAUCGCACUUUGAGGAGAUGAUGGAGAGGGCGGAGAGGUCUGGCUCUGCUGCCAGAACCAAGUUCAAGCCCAACCAGCUGCUCCCCAAUUCAGGGUCCCCCUCCCCCGCCGGGUCCCCAGGGGGUGAGUCGCGGCCGCCCCUCUCCGCUGAGGCCAGAAGGCAGCGGGACAUGAAGCACCUGGACGACAUCACGUCCGCCCGGCUCCCGCCACUGCACUACGCCCCUGCCCAGCUGCUGACACUGGACGAGGCGUCCGGCCUCAUGAGGGAGCAGACACAGAGGCAGAUGGAGCUGGAGGCCAAGAUGGCUGCCCAGAAGCUGUCGGAGAGCCUGAGCCGCAGCAUGGGGUCGUACCACCCGGAGGGCGGGUCGCUGGGGGCGUACCGGGAGGUACGGGACGACGGGGCCUCCGACGACGACCAGUAAUCCUCACACUCACUACAGAGAAAAAGAGAUGUGUAUGGGGCUACAUGGGAAGGAGGGGGGGGGGGCAUGAUAGAAGGAGGAAGAAGAGAGAGACAAAUGGAGGGUAGAGAGAUGAAGAAAAAGAAGAGAAUGGAGAUUGAGAGAGAGAGAGAGAGAGAGAGAGAGAGAGAGAGAUGAACGGAUGGGAUAUGAGCUCUCUCUCCGUCACCUCUAGUACCCCAGUCUGGGCUCAGCUUAUGGGCCCCUUCACCAGUCGACCCACAGCUGGGGGGCCACUGUGUGUGUGUGUGUGGCGAGAGGACCAGCUGG